UGUUACCCCGGAUACAAAAAACUGACACAUACACUAAAAAGACUGCCCUUCUUAUGCAUUCUCCUGCCAGAAACCAACUCUGGUGUCCUGGCCAGUCCUUGUGGAGCCUGAUCGCUGAUCAUGUUUCUGAUUCAGAGUUGCUGAAGAUCCGAUCAGCAAUGGGCCACCAUCUGGUCGGCAUGUAUACAGACAUGCACACUGAGGCUGGUAUGUGGCACAAGAUGUGGCAGUGGAGCCAGCGAGAUGGAAACCAUAGCAGCAGGCCAGAGACUGCUUUCACACAUCUGCAGGGCUUUCCACUAGCUGACCCACCUGUUGUGAAGGAGCUGGUGAGAGCUGAGGUGAAGAUGUUACUCCAGACACUCAGAGAGACAGCUUGCAGGGAGGGAAGAGAUCUGGAGGAGCUCCUGAUUCGGUACAAACCUGAGACUGUAAACUACGCUCUUGGUCAUCAGGAUAUUUGUUACAGCGACUGCACCAACUCUGAAAAUAUGGAAACUCACAACAGGCCAAGCUCUCACUGUUCAGUCCAGUCCAGUGUUGAAGACGAAAUAGAAGAGAUUAGAGACAAGCUGAAUGCCACUGAGAUACACAAAGUCGUCAGUCAUCUUAGGUCUGUUCUCUUGGAGGAAUGUAAAGCAUUGACAGCAAUGAUAAAGUAUUUAAAGGAAAAUAUGAAACAAAAGCAUCUGAAUAAAUGUGAUAAAUCUGAACCGUCACUUUCAGAACUCAAAGAGCUCAGAGGAGCUUUACAAGAGGACUUAAAACUCUUCCCAUCAUCGCUUGAAUCUUUGUCCCCUCUGCCUGUCAAGGUAGUGAAAAACAGUUUCAGACUGCCAGGAGGACAAUGGACUGACACUCUCCUACCUUUGACUCCUACAUCAGUUUCAAGAUCUCCUACUCCUCUGUGUCAUUUUAAACCCAAGCCACCAAGUGGACAUCCCCCAAACAAGACCUCUCUAAUCAGAACUCACAGUGCACAUAGGCUCACCUCAACCUCCAACAAGUCAAUCAACCCCCUUACUUGCAACAAUAUAGACAGUUCAGGGCACCCAAACAGCUCCCUCUCCUCUGAACAGAAAAUGGUACAAAGUAAAUACCACUGCAGUUUGUCUCCAGAGCAAGAUGAUGCUGCAGGUGUCUGUUACAGGACUUAUUUGAGUGUUCAUACAAACUGUAAGAGAAAUUCACCUUUCCUUGAAACCCAUUUAUCAACACAAUGCUGUAUUCAUAGACCAAGCACAGAGUACAAUUUGUCACUGCAAAGAGAAAGGAAAAAAAAACCUGCUUGGAGUUCAAGAAAUAUUGAUAUCACCCCCUCACCUCCUCCUACUUUCACUCAUCUCUGUGAUGCAGAAAGUUACAGCAACAAUGAUACAGACAAGGAAGGAAAAGUAAUGCCACAAAGUAGGCAACAGAGUAGUAUCAGUGGUGGAAGCUCAGAGGAAAUAACAGCGCAGACAGAUAAGUGUCUAAAGACAAAAUGUUUAGAGAGUUCAGUCAUUCCUGAAACUCUUGCACAAGAUGUUGGAAGGAGGAGCAACAGUGGAAUAAACAUACAUAAAGCUGACAACAUUACAAAAGCCUACAAACAAACAGCAAAGCAUAACCAGCCACAUCCUGACAGACUGGGCCUCACAUUCUCCUGAAAGAAGUGAUGCAAAGAUACACAAUGCAUGUACUGUGCAACAAUCUGCAGAGAUGAAAGGAAAAUGUUUUACUUCAAGCAAUAAUCCACAUGGGGGCCCCACAAGUCAAUCUAGAAUUGGCCAAGAGACAAAGACACAGCCCCAGUUUCUCAGUGGGUUUCAUCAGUUAGUCCCUCCGGCAAGAGUGCCAACUUGAUGUCAGCCAAUAACAAGAUACCUGAGAUUAAAUCUGGGAGAUUCCAGUUGGUGUGUGGCAGGGAAGAUUGUAAAAUAAUUGUUUAAUGUAACAUAUCUGAUUGUGUGUGUAUAUGUCUGGCUGAUAAUAAAUGAUUGCUGUAAAA